UUCAGAGAUGUCUCCCGCUCCUGUUGCAACGGCCCCUGCCGGCCAAACGCUUGAGAAGAAGCCUGUCAAAUUCAGCAAUCUAUUGCUCGGUGCAGGUUUGAACUUGUUCGAGGUCACCACCUUGGGACAGGUAUGAGUUCCCUACUGUCGUGAAGCCGCAGGCCGGCGAGUGUCGUUUAAACUGACACGAGUCACAAAUUUAGCCGCUGGAGGUGAUCAAGACAACCAUGGCCGCAAACCGAGGCGAUAGCUUCGCCGGUGCUAUGGGUCGGAUUUGGGGUCGUGGCGGGAUCCUCGGUUAUUAUCAAGGUCUCAUUCCGUGGGCCUGGAUUGAGGCCUCCACCAAAGGCGCUGUCCUGCUCUUUGUCGCGUCGGAAGCUGAGUUCCGCGCCAAGGUCCUAGGUGCCCCCGAUUUCGUGGCCGGAAUCGCCGGUGGUAUGGUUGGCGGUAUUGCUCAAGCCUAUGCCACAAUGGGAUUCUGUACCUGCAUGAAGACGGUUGAGAUUACUAAACACAAGAUGGCUGCGCAGGGUGUCAAGCCUCCCGGCACCUUCGCGACUUUCAUGGACAUCUACCGCAAGGAAGGUAUCCGUGGUAUCAACCGGGGUGUCAAUGCGGUCGCUAUUCGCCAGACCACCAACUGGGGUUCCCGUUUCGGGUUCUCUCGCUUGGCGGAGCAGACAAUCCGCAAGGUAACCGACAAGGAUGACAGCCAGAAGCUGAACGCUUUCGAGAAGAUUCUGGCCUCGAGUCUGGGUGGUGGUUUGUCGGCUUGGAAUCAGCCCAUCGAGGUGAUCCGUGUCGAAAUGCAGAGCAAGACCGACGAUCCCAACCGCCCAAAGAAUCUGACGGUCGGUAAGGCUGCCAAGUACAUCUAUGAAAACAACGGCAUUAAGGGUCUCUACCGUGGUGUGGCUCCUCGGGUGGGGCUGGGAAUCUGGCAGACCGUCUGCAUGGUGGCUCUGGGUGACAUGUAAGUUGAACCCCAUUCCCCGCCUUUCUGUCCUUGCAAUUCCGGGUUGUUCGCAUUCUUCGAAAUCAUCCAUCGAAUGAGCUAUGCCACCAGGGUGGGCUAGCCCGCCUGGGUCGGCGCACCCCGGACUCGCCAUGUGAUUUUUCAGUAUUACCGAGGGAAGACUUCCGGCUAACGUGUGGGUCUCCGUUGCACCGAACAGGGCCAAGGAGGCAGUCGAAAAACUGACGGGCGAAGCUGUCACCGCAAAGCACUAGGGAAGGUUUGAGAUACCCUUCUGCCAUGCAUACGGUCGGAGGCGGCAGGAACACAUGCUGGCCCGAUCAGUUCGUUG